AUGGAGGAACCGGACCUGGUCGCGCCGUCGCUCGAGACGGUGCAGCAACUGCUGAAGUCGCGGGUGGCCGGGCGCGAUGGGAAGCAGGCGAACCUGGUGCCAGUGUACGGCCAGAUCUCGUCGGACCUGAUCACGCCGUCGGCCGCGUACCUCAAGGUGUCAGCCCAUUACCGCGCCAAGGCCCGGGUAUCUCAGCCCGAGCAGCCUGAGCAGCUGUCGUUCCUGUACGAGAGCGCUGCCACGGAGCGCGUGGGCCGCUAUAGCUUCGUGGGCGCCGCCCCGCGCAAGGUGCUACGCACCGGACCCAGCUUCGGCGUCGAAGCCGACCCGCUGCCUACACUUGAGGAGGAGCUAGCACGCUACACGGUCGCCACCGACGUGCCCGGCCUGCAGCUACCGCCUCUGGCCGGCGGCGCCAUCGGCUAUGUCGGCUACGACUGCGUGCGUUACUUCGAGCCCAAGACGGCCCGCCCCAUGCGUGACGUGCUGAAAAUCCCGGAGUCGCUCUUUAUGUUCUUCGACACCAUCGUGGCCUUCGACCGCUUCUUCGGCGUCAUCAAGGUAAUCACGUACCUACGCGUCCCGCCCGGCGACCCCAGCGCCGCUACUUUCGCCUCCGACGUCGAGGCCGAGUACGCCCGCGCCCUGGCCACGGUGCGCGAGUUGGUGGCUGUGCUCAACGCGCCAGACAUCCCGCUGCCCGAGCAGAAGGCGCUGCGGCUCGACCAGGAGUACACUUCUAACGUUGGCCGCGCCGGCUACGAGGCCCAUGUCACGGCCCUCAAGAAACGCAUCGUCAAGGGCGACAUCAUCCAGGCCGUGCCGUCGCAGCGCUUUGCACGACCCACCGACCUCCACCCCUUCAACAUCUACCGCCACCUGCGCACCGUCAACCCGUCGCCCUACCUCUUUUACAUCGACUGCUUGGACUUUCAGAUCGUUGGCGCCUCGCCCGAGCUGCUGGUCAAAUCAGAGGGCGGCCGCAUUAUCACCCACCCCAUUGCCGGCACCGUCAAGCGCGGUCCCACGCCCGAGGAGGAUCAGCGCCUGGCCGACGAGCUGACCGCCUCACUCAAGGACCGCGCUGAGCACGUCAUGCUGGUCGAUCUGGCCCGCAACGACGUGACACGCGUGUGCGACCCGCUCGAGACACGCGUCGACCGCCUCAUGACAGUCGAGAAGUUCAGCCACGUCCAGCACCUGACCUCGCAGGUCUCGGGAGUACUACGCCCUGGGAAAACCCGCUUCGACGCCUUCCGUUCCAUCUUCCCGGCCGGCACUGUCUCAGGUGCCCCCAAGGUCCGCGCCAUGGAGCUCAUCGCCGAGCUCGAGGGCGAGAAGCGCGGCGUCUACGCCGGCGCCGUCGGCUAUUUCGGCUACGGCAGCCUUGAUAGCCACGGCGGCGAGGUAGAGGGCGAGAUGGACACGUGCAUCGCUCUACGAACCAUGCUGGUUAAAGAUGGCGUUGCUUAUCUCCAGGCCGUCGAUGACAGAGUGGCAGUCAGUCCCGACCAUUCGCUUGCAUUGAAAGGCGUCGUUUUCGCAGCUACCCAAGCAAAAAGAUGGGUGGCGUUUGGAUGA